CCGGCGGCUGCGGCGCGAGUGCCUCGGGAGCGCGGCCGGUGAGUGCGCGCGCGCGCGGCGCCGAGGACCGCGGCCCUGCCCCUCCGGCCAGGGCCCGGGGGCCGUGCGGGGCGGGAGCCUCGGAAACCGGCGCCGGAAUCCGCGCCCCAAGGACUCCGCCGCGGGGUCCACGUGGACCCUGGGCCGCGGCGGGACUGGAGCCCGUCCCCGCGCGUGGGGGAGGGGCCGUUGCAGCCGGGUUCCCCUUUUCUGCAGCUCGAAGCCUGGGGAAGUGAUUGCUCAAAGCGGGGGGGGGGGCCGGAAGAACCCAGGUUUCCGCGUCUCCCGUCCCCCCCCCUCAGCCUGUGGGGAGGGGCCGAGGCGGGACACCCGGUUUGCCCCCGCCCCCACCCUGUUGCAUCUGGCAGCCACUCAUCCCUGCCAGUCGCAGGGAAGGCGCUGCGCCCCCGGCCCGAGCCGAUCGGGGGCUCCAGGCGCCAGCCUCGCUCCAGAACGCGCAGGAGGACCUCCUGCCGUCUGACUUGAGUCCUGCUGCUGCAGUACACGCCCCUUCGGCAGCCAGGGUGGGGCCCAGAGCGAACCUGGCCCCUCCCGCCCCUGCCUCGCCUUUGGGUCGCUGAGCCCCAGGCUGUGGUGAGGGUCCUGGAGCAGGCACCACGGAGCCCCGGCAACCUCUUCCACCCACCCAUGCCCACCCCACCUGAGGCUGAGAAGCAGCACACAGGGCCAGAGGAGGGGGACCAGCCUCCCUCCAUGUCCAGUCGUGAUGCGGCCCCCCAGGCCCCCCCCAGGCGCAACCCCUGCUGCUUGUGCUGGUGCUGCUGCUGCAGCUGCUCCUGGAACGAGGAGCGGCGGCGAGCGUGGCGGGCCUCCCGAGAGAGCAGGCUGCAGCCCCUCCCCAGCUGCGAAGCCUGUGCCACGCCGAGCCCAGAGGAGGUGCGGAGCUGGGCGCAGUCCUUCGACAAGCUAAUGCACAGCCCAGCGGGCCGCAGCGUGUUCCGCGAGUUCCUGCGCACCGAGUACAGCGAGGAGAACAUGCUCUUCUGGCUGGCCUGCGAGGAGCUCAAGGCCGAGGCCAACCAGCACGUUGUGGACGAGAAGGCGCGGCUCAUCUACGAGGACUAUGUGUCCAUCUUGUCCCCCAAGGAGGUGAGCCUGGACUCCCGGGUGCGGGAGGGCGUCAACAAGCAGAUGCAGGAGCCGUCGGCGCACACAUUUGACGACGCGCAGCUGCAGAUUUACACGCUGAUGCACCGAGACUCCUACCCCCGCUUCCUCAGCUCCCCCGCCUACCGCGCCCUGCUGCUCCGGGGCCGCUCCACAUCCUCCAGUGAGGCCUAGACUGCCCACCGUGGCUGCCUGGACGCGGGACCCCUCCCGCGGGCAGAGACUCCUUUCACAAAGGCGCUUCACGUGUGGGGCACACCCGCCGGGCCCAGCGCCCGGGGCGGCCCCAGGCAGGAGCUCCAGGUGCUGGGCAGGCCAGAAGCCCCCUUCCCCACCCAGAGGACCCAGCGCCCCAGGAUCCAGCUGAGAGGCGGGCGUGAGGGCCUCUGGGCCUAGGCAGCCCCUCCAGCACCACCACCCCUACUGAGCACUUCCUGCUGGGGUUCCCACCUGGUGAAAGGAGGCGCCCUCCCUGAAAGCAUCCUGGACCCACAAAGCUCACAAGGUCCUCCUCCCCGGGCCCCUGGGGGCCCUGAGAAACGCCUUUGGUGGAGAACAGAAGCUCUGUGCUGCCUAGUUUUGUGACAAGAGGAAACCUCCAACUGGUACCAUCUGCACCGCGGGAUCAGACCCAGGACCUCAGAACCAGGCUCAAGGCAGCAGGACCCGGCUUCUCUUUUAUAUGUUCAUUGAGUUUACGCCAGGAAACAUGGCACUGUGUGUUUUAUCAAAAAACAAAAAAAAAGUUUUCAUAUUUAACUCCACUCCUCUUCCCCCCAAAAUAGAAUCUUAUUAUUGAAGAUA